CGCAGGGGGUGAGGGGUGCUGGGGGCGUGGGGCCAGGCUGGCAUACAGGGAGUUAAAAGCUGGUGAGGAGACACCAAUGCUGGGCAGUGCAUCCCCGGUGCCAGCUGGGGGGGUGUGCUGGGGUGGCUCCAUGCCCACCUGAGAGGAUGCAGACCGCUGCUCUGCCAUCCUUGCCCUGUGCUGGGGGGAAGCAGCAGCCUGCCUGCUCUGGCUGGGGUGGCACUGAGCCCCCUCCCCAAGCCUGAUGAAUCAGUUUGCAGCGCUGCAGAGCCUUCCAGCCCUCCAGGAGGAGGAGGAGGAGGAAGAUGAUUCAUCCCUGUGUUCCCUGGGAGCUGGGGGGUGGCUGCCAGAGAAGGCAGGAGCUGAGUGGGGGGAGCUGGGCACAGGGUGAGACAGCCCCGGGACUGCCACCGUACCUGAGCUCGGCGGGACGAGGCUGUCGCCGCUCGGUGCCAGCUGCCUUUGCCAUGGCUUUUCCCUGGCUCCAGCUCUGGAUCUUGCUCCAAGUCUCCUGCCUCUGCCUGGCCCAGAUCAGAGGGCCACCAGGAGAACCUGGCCCGCGGGGCCCCCCCGGUCCCCCAGGAGUGCCGGGAGCUGAUGGCAUUGACGGUGACAAAGGCCCUGCUGGUGCCCCUGGCUCCCCGGGCAUCAAGGGGGAGCCUGGAGCCCCUGGUCCAGAUGGACCCCCAGGGAAGCCUGGCAUCGAUGGCCUGACAGGAGCCAAGGGGGAGCCAGGAGCCAUCGGUGGGCCAGGACUGAAAGGCCAGCCUGGACUUCCAGGGCCACCAGGGCUCCCUGGUCCUUCACUGCCAGGACCACCUGGGCUUCCAGGCCAGGUUGGGCUUCCUGGAGAGAUUGGAGCACUGGGACCCAAGGGUGACCCUGGACCCGAUGGCCCAAGGGGUCCCCCAGGUCCUCCAGGGAAACCAGGCCCCCCAGGACACAUCCAAGGAGUGGAAGGCAGUGCUGAUUUCUUGUGCCCCACCAGCUGCCCACCAGGUCCCAAAGGCCCCCAGGGACUGCAGGGACUGAAGGGACACAGAGGCCGCCCUGGUGCCCUCGGGGAGCCUGGCAGGCAGGGCAGGCAGGGUCCCAAGGGUGACAUUGGCCUGUCUGGAGAACAAGGCAUCCCAGGCCCUCCGGGACCCCAGGGCCCAAGAGGUUAUCCUGGGAUGGCAGGACCCAAGGGUGAGACGGGUCCUGCUGGUUACAAGGGGAUGGUUGGCACCAUCGGAGCGGCCGGGCGGCCGGGCAAGGAAGGGCCCAAGGGACCACCUGGGGACCCUGGUGAGAAGGGAGAUCUGGGUGGCCGUGGCAUCAGGGGUCCCCAAGGAGACAUUGGCCCCAAGGGGGAGAAUGGUCUCCCUGGCAUCGAUGGCAAAGAUGGCACCCCUGGCAUCCCCGGCGUGAAGGGCAGCGUGGGACAGGCUGGGCACCCAGGCACGCCAGGGCACCGUGGACAAGCUGGCUUGCCAGGCCAGCCAGGAAGCAAAGGUGGCCCAGGAGACAAGGGUGAAGUGGGUGCUCGGGGCCAGCCUGGCAUCACUGGGGCACCAGGGCAGAUUGGUGAGCCUGGCCCUCGUGGUGAGCAGGGACCUCAGGGUGUCCCCGGGCUGAAGGGUGACCGAGGGGAGCGUGGCCCCGUGGGGCCCCCAGGAGAGCAGGGCAAAGCGGGACCAAAGGGUGAGCAGGGUCCACCAGGAAUCCCAGGACCCCAAGGCUUGCCAGGAGUCAAAGGAGAUAAGGGCUCCCCAGGCAAAACUGGCCCCAAAGGCAGCACUGGAGACCCUGGGGUCCAUGGCCUCGUGGGGCUGAAGGGAGAGAAGGGUGAAUCUGGAGAGCCAGGCCCGAAGGGACAGCAAGGCAUCCAGGGGGAGCUUGGCUUCCCUGGCCCCUCGGGGGAUGCUGGAGCACCUGGGGGGAGAGGCUACCCAGGCCCCCCCGGGCCACGCGGACUGGUCGGGGAGCGCGGCGUGCCAGGGAUGCCCGGCCGGAGGGGAGUGCCGGGCAAGGAUGCUGGGGACCAGCACAUCGUUGACGUGGUCCUGAAGAUGAUGCAAGAGCAGCUGGCGGAGGUGGCUGUCAGUGCCAAGAGAGCUGCCCUAGGUGGAGUGGGUGCCAUGGGACCCCCUGGACCACCUGGUCCUCCAGGGCCACCUGGUGAGCAAGGCCCACACGGACCCAUGGGGCCUCGAGGUGCCCCUGGCAUCCUGGGCGCUGCCGGGCAGAUUGGCAACGUAGGACCUAAAGGGAAGAGAGGUGAGAAGGGUGAGAGAGGAGAAGUUGGACGUGGGCACCCAGGCAUGCCAGGCCCCCCAGGGAUCCCAGGUCUCCCUGGCAUCCCUGGCCAUGCUCUGGACGGCAAGGCUGGCGAGAGGGGCAUGCCAGGCUCCCCAGGCGAGGCUGGCCGCCCGGGUCUGCCCGGCCCUGCCGGUCUGCCAGGCUUCUGUGACCCAGCUGCCUGCCUGGCAGCCUCAGCCUACGCAGCCGCACGCCUGACCGAGCCAGGGGCUGUCAAAGGACCAAUCUACUGAGGGGGCACCAGCCCCUGGGCACACCUUGCCCAGCAGCCCCACACCAGGGCUGGCACCAAAGAGACCAGAAAACUGCAACGCCCUCGGGAGCGACCUCUCUGCCCAUGCCAGCUGCGGGAGGAUGUUUGGCCUUGGAGGCAGCCACCCCAGGGGGCAAGCACAGCCAGGGCAGCUUCGCCCAAGGGAGGUCAUCUCCUCUUCCUCAGCGGCUUGGAGGACCCUGGAGAGCAAAGAGAGGUCACCCUCAGGCCCUAUCCUCCUUCCUGGGGCUCAUCCCCUGCCUCCUUUGCCCAUCCCCAUGCCCCCUUCCCAAGGAACUCGAUUGUCUUCUCUACAAAGCCUCUUGCUCUGCCACGUCCUGCUUGGUGCCACCUUCUUGUUGCCAACUGCUGGGGUUGUUUUGGACCCAAUCUUCUCCUUGCCAACUCCUGCUGGGUUUUGGGUUGGGUUUUUUUGGGACCCAAUCUUCUCCUUGCCAACUCCUGCUGGGUUUUGGGUUGGGUUUUGUUUUUUGGACCCAAUCUUCUCCUUGCCAACUCCUGCUGGGUUUUUGGGUUGGGGUUUUGUGUUUUGGACCCAAUCUUCUCCUUGCCAACUCCUGCUGGGUUUUGGGUUGGGUUUUUUUGGGACCCAAUCUUCUCCUUGCCAACUCCUGCUGGGUUUUGGGUUGGGUUUUUUUGAGACCAAAUCUUCUCCUUGCCAACUCCUGCUAGGUUUUGGGUUGGGUUUUUUUGGGACCCAAUCUUCUCCUUGCCAACUCCUGCUGGGUUUUUGGGUUGGGUUUUUUUGGGACCCAUCUUCUCCUUGCCAACUCCUGCUGGGUUUUUGGGUUGGGGUUUUUUGGGGCCCAAUCUUCUCCUUGCCAACUCCUGCUGGGUUUUUGGGUUGGGGUUUUGUUUUUUGGGACCCAAUCUUCUCCUUGCCAACUCCUGCUGGGUUUUGGGUUGGGGUUUUGGUUUUUGGACCCAAUCUUCUCCUUGCCAACUCCUGCUGGGUUUUUGGGUUGGGGUUUUGUUUUUGGGACCCAAUCUUCUCCUUGCCAACUCCUGAUGGGUUUUUGGGUUGGGGUUUUGUUUUUUGGACCCAAUCUUCUCCUUGCCAACUCCUGCUGGGUUUUUGGGUUGGGGUUUUGUUUUUUGGACCCAAUCUUCUCCUUGCCAACUCCUGCUGGGUUUUUGGGUUGGGGUUUUGGGUUUUGGACCCAAUCUUCUCCUUGCCAACUCCUGAUGGGUUUUGGGUUGGGUUUUUUGGGACCCAUCUUCUCCUUGCCAACUCCUGCUGGGUUUUGGGUUGGGUUUUUUUGGGACCCAUCUUCUCCUUGCCAACUCCUGCUGGGUUUUGGGUUGGGUUUUUUGGGACCCAUCUUCUCCUUGCCAUUAUUGUGUUUUUUUUUCCCCUUGGGAUCCUCUUUUUUUUGGGGCUGUUUCUAAAGCAAACAAACAAACAAUCAAUCAAGCGGUUGGAUGCUUGAAGGGACUUGCUCAGACCCAACCUCGUUGCCUUCAGGGCACUCCUGGAGCUGUUCAAUCUCUGCCAAACAGGAUUGGUUUGGAACUAGGAGCAGGAGAAAGAACAACCUCAGCUUGUUAAAACAUGGACAAUAAACCCGAGGUGGAUUCUU